CCGGGGCACCCUGUAUAUGUUUAAUAUACAUAUUUUUCUUUGUGUAAUACAUAGAUAUUAAGUUAAUAUACAUAUUAUCAGUUUUUACAGCGAAAAUGCGUUUAAAACUUUGACUAUAUAACCAAAGAUACAUAUAGUCAAAGGUUUAAAAGGUAAAAAUAAAAGCGUAAAAGCAAGUGCCAACUUUGGACGGGGAAUAAUUUUACAUAUGUAUAAUUGAUUUUAUAUAAUUGAUGUCAAUAUUGAAACAACAAAUAUUAAAAUUAAAUUAAUAUUUUUUUAAAUAUUUCUACUUGAAAUAAAUGUAACGUAAAACAUAAAUGCAAGUUACGUUAUCAUAUUAUAUGUAUAUUUUAUUUAUGUAUUUAUAACACACACACAUAGACAUUCUGUAAUCUUUUAUUACGCAUAUUGUAAAAAAAUUGUAAAUGCAAUCUUGAUAAAAAUAUUUUUUUUAUGGAAUAUGUAUUUGUGGAAUAUUGGUUAUACCAACUCAUACCUUAACAUCAAAACUGAAUAUUUAUUUAAUGCAAAACUCACUAACUCACUUGCAUUCAUACUUUUGCUCACAAAAAAUCAUCGCAUACAUAUAUUUUCAUGUUCAAUUUUAUUUCACCUGAUCUCUCCUGUGGUGAGGUAGGCGGCGCUGCAAACGCACCAACACAGUCACGAAGUCACAAAUAGCUUGUAAGAAUUAUCUGAUUAUCAGUGUCAGUCAGCUGACAGCCAGUUGGCCAGUUUUUACGUGUUCUACGGAUUUGUUGUGAGUUGUGCGACAAAUUGUCACUGAUUGGCUCUUACAUCCCGGUGAAAACUUUGUGGAAAGCAUGAGAUGCGAAGGAACAGCCUCAGGAAGAGCACACUUAGCCCGCUCGCGCAAAAGGUAAAAGCCCCGCAACACCUGCUACGGCUCAAGGAUGAGGAGGAUGGAUUCGAUGAGCAGUGGAGUGGUCGUUUGCGGCUGCCCAGCUUGCCCCGGCAGAAAUCAUGGAAGGACAAUGAUAACAUUCUGUCUAAUGGGAACAGCGCAACCAGCUCUGUUUCCUGGUCGCAGGAAGCGGAGGAUGUGGUGACGCAGAAGUUGGAGGAGCAGUGGGCGACUGUGGAGAGGUCCUUCUACGAGGAGGACAAUCAGCUACCCCAUGGCUCUGUUCUAGAUGAAUGUGUACAAUGGAGAACGCAGAUACCGUAUCUGAGAAUAAUCGGCAGGAAUCCGGCAUGCGUCAACGAUGAUUCCCAGCGUGACUUGGCUAGCGCUGCUAGCGAUAAAAGGGCAAAGAGAUUCGAGAACCUUCAGGAUGAUAAAAUAUUUUUGGAGCAGAAUCUUUCAGCGAAGGAAGAAGAGGACUUCACGCAAUAUAAAUUAAACAAAGCAAAGUUUGAAGAUGUGUUUGACUUGCUGAUGGAACAUGUGAUCUCAGAGCUGUUCUCCAACGAAGAAAACGAAGAAAAUGAAGAACAUAAGACGGAUUCUUUGUGCGAUAGUCUAAGCGAUACUUUAACAAUAGUUCCUGCCCCCAUUAACAAUAACAGGAAUUCGUCAAGAAGUUCAAAGACAAAUUGGACGGAGGAAGCGAUCUCGCCUAAUUACAUUGACAACAAAUCUUUGAGCAUAAGGAAUCGAUUAUUGAAUACAGAGAGCUCUCUUCAAACGACGAGAAACAACGCAAAUUAUCAAGGAACUCAGAAGAAACAGAGGAAUUCAGUUUCUGCGACUAAACCGAGAGACUUUGGCGAUGUGGGAAACGAUAACGCGUCCAAGGACGAGCUAUGUAUGCCACACAUAGGCAGGAACAAGCUCGGCACUGUUUUUAAUGAGAAAAUCAUCGUGAGUCCCGUGCCCUUUGCCGUGUCUACACGAGAAAGCUUCUCUACUUUAAAGACCAUACCAGUUAGAUUCAUGAAUGAGAACAUGGAAGUCCCUUUUCUUCAAGGAUCGACGCGGGAUUUUGGUUCUCAAGGCUCUGCGAGAAGAUCAAGUGCCUUAAGAAAUUCACAUAUCCAUUCUGCUUGGCAACCUCCUGUCUGUCCCACUGUAUGGCCGAAGAACGUUCGACUUGCGCCAAUAGAUACCUCAAGACUUUCUAAUAGCAAAGACAGGUCAUUGGCUGCGUCGCCGGGUAUCCUCUAUUGUAGCAGAAAGCCGUUGAGUCCGAUAUCACAAUUCCGCCCGUCUCGUUCGAUAAUUCCGAGAUCCGCCCAGGCGACUCGCUAUCGUUGUAACAGCGGUUUUCUGGAGGUUCAGGGGAAGCACAUCGUUCCCGCGCAAUCAUCGAAGAUCAACGUACUAUCAGCUGGAUGGGACUACAGUCCAAGAGUGACCAAGAAUAAGAAGAAAGCUCGGACAAAGGAGGGAACUUGAGGAGGUUUAAAUCCGAGACGAAAUCGCUUAAGUGAAACCAAAUGGCUUCGAAUGCAUUUGCACACGCAUACGCGAGAAAUGUAUUUUUUAGAGAUACCGUUAUAUGUCGUCCUGCGAGAGUAUAACCGAAGUGUACAAAAUGCUGCUUAAUCGCGUUCGGUCUCGUAGCAGGAUUACGCUUUUGGAGAGCACGGCGAAAUACAUACACGCUUGAAAAGUAUGUGUACAUGUAUACGUCUAUAUAUCUUUAUCGUCGUCGUGUAAUUUAUGGGACUUUAUUGUUGCAAUCAUGCGUAUGCGGUGUUCUAUCUUACGUACUGUUAUUUGAUAGAUGAUGUUAUACCGUCUCUUACUAGAGUCCCUAUAAUAAGAGUCUCGCCAUAUCAUAUUCAAUUUUGGUCCUCUAGAUCUGGGCAAUUCCCGCUCAUAUUUGAAUCACACAACCUUACCAUUAAUAUAAAUAUAUUUCAGUAAAUAAAAAAUAAAUGCUGCAGCACAUCCUCAUUAUCGUUUUUAAUUUUUUAUGUAUUUUGCAGCAUUGUAAAUUGAGCGUGGUAGACUGAAUGAGCGCGAAAAAACAAAACAGAGAAAUGGGAAUGUACAUCCUUCUCUCUCGCAGAAUUUUGCCCAGAUCGCUUUAUGUCAGGACUCUUAUUACAGGGUUUCUAUCUCCUACCUCAUCACGUGUCUGUGUUAUGCAACUGUUCUACACGCUUAUUGCGAAUGAAUAUAUUUUUCUAUGGCGCACAAUCAUGUAUUAUUGUGUAUUAUUGGAACUCCCCGCGAUGUCCGUCCAUAUUAGCCGAUUGUGAAAAACAUUUACGAGAUGAAAAUCUCAAUAUUAAAAUGGAUGUUACGAAGUGUUUGAGGAAAAAUAUUCCAUAUAUGUAUUGGAUGUGAUGAAUAAAUAGUCAUUUGUUGAAUAAA